AUGAGUAAAACUGUUAAAGGUCAUUCAUGGUACAAUGUGAAGAUAUUUCUUAAGAGAACAUCUUCGGUGUGGGAGCAUUUCCAAAAGAGUGUUAAUGAAGCUGGUAUUAAAUGGGGGAAAUGUAACUACUGUGAAGAUGGUAAAUAUAGGGCUGGUGGUAAGAAGUAUGGCACAUCAAAUUUGAACUGGCAUUUGACCAAGUGUCGGAAGUAUAUGGAGUUACUAGAAGCUGCGCAGUUGGACUCUCUCGGUCAGCCUAGCAAUCUGGGAGAUCAGCAGCAAACAGUUGGGGUUACGUUCUGUCAAGAUGGAUGUAGGAGAGCCUUGAUAAAGUUCAUCAUCACAGAUGAACAGUCUUUCCGAAUGGUUGAAGGAGAAGGAUUAUAG